ACCCUGCCCCCGUGGCAGUGCCAGGCUCCCGGGAAUGGGGACAUGCCCUUGACCUUGGCUUCACGUGGGAGCUGGUCACGGGAUUGGAUCCAGGACUGAGCCUGGCCCUGGCCCAGCCAGGGUCACCUUGGGAUAAGGGAUCUCCUUCCUCCCUCUCCUGCCAUCCUCCUCCUCCACCUUUCCAGCCCCAACACCAGCCCCGACAUUCCCAAAUGUCCCCUCAGCAACUGGAAUUGGCCAGCACAUCCCUUUAUUUAGGGGUGCCAUGGGGAUUCCCACUCUUCCAGCUUCCCAGUAAGUCCCACCUAUCCCAAGACACCCUGGGUAAUAGCAGGAGAUCCCUCACCCCAUCACCCUGCUCCCCAAACCUUCCCACAACCCUGCUGAGUUGGGAUGACUGGGGUCCUGUCCUCCAUUCCCAACACCCCGGGUCCCCAGGUGCCCUCACCCACGGUGGGGGAUCAGCAUCUCCUGGGAUGCCCCACCUCCCACCCAUGGAAAUUCCAACCUUAUCCCUCACAUCAUACUCCUGGAGGGUCCUGGGGUGGUCCUGGAUGUGAUGGAAGAUGCUCAGGAUGUGGAGGCGCAGGUAAUGUUGACUCCAAAAAUCAGGGAGAAGGGGAGAACUCCUGGCCCUUCUCCAUCACCCCACUGAUGUCCCACAGCUCGGGAGACCCCAAGCCCCCCUGCCACCAAAUCCACAACCUGGAGGCUCAAAUGAGCUGCAGAUCAGGAUGGCUCCAACAGAUCCUUGUCCCCCGGGGUGGGAGCACCAGAUCCACGAGGCUCCCGUGCCCCGGAGGGUCUGCGGGGUGCCCAAACCCCCGUUUCCUCCCUGGCGGGGCAGGAUGGAGCCACCCCAUCACCCUCCUCCACCCUGCAGCACUGACUCGGCUUCCUGCCCUCCGCCACAGUCCCAGAGCUGCCGGAGCGAGGGGACACGGCCAAGCCAUGUCCCCGAGCUGCUGAGACAGGGACCCCCCCGAAUCCCAGAUCCCUGAAUCCCAUGGGGCUGCCCCGCUGAUGGGAUGGGGGGGCUCUGCCUGCUCUUGGUGGCUCUUUCUGCCGUGGCACCUGCACGAGGGAUCAACCGGAAGGCGGGAACAACACGGAUGCAGGAUGACAUCCCAAAUUUCAUCUCUUCCACUGAAACGACGGGAGCUCCCACUACUCCGACUAGGAACACCUCGGUGACACCAGGUCCCAGAGCGCUCCGGCUGGCGGGUGGCCGGAGCCGCUGCGAGGGCCGCGUGGAGCUGGAGCAGGAGGGGACGUGGGGGACAGUGUGUGACGACGGCUGGGACAUUCCCGACGCCGACGUCGUGUGCCGCCAGCUCCGGUGCGGCCACGCCGUGAGAGCCCAGGGCAGCGCCGCCUUCGGCCGCGGGCACGGCCCCAUCCUCCGGGAUGAGGUGGGGUGCAAGGGACACGAGCGGCACCUCUGGGAAUGUCCGGCCGCGCCGGAGCAUGACUGCAGCCACAAGGAGGACGCCGGCGUCGUUUGCUCAGAGCACCAGGAGUGGCGGCUCUCCGGGGGCCAGGAUGGAUGCGCCGGCAGGGUGGAGGUGUUUUUCCGUGGCAUUUGGAGCACGGUGUGUAACAGCACCUGGUAUGAGCUGGAGGCCACGGUGCUGUGCCGGACGCUGGGAUGCGGGAACGCGCUCCAGCGGCCCUCCUUUGGACACACGCUUCCCGGGAAGAUGGUGUACCUGUGCGGGAGCCUGCAGCCCUCGCUGGCACAGUGCCGCUGGGCCUUCAAUAAAUCCGCUCCGUGCUACCAAUCCUGGGCAGCCGGGGUCAUCUGCAACGGCUCCCAGGGUUUGGAGACGCCGACGCCCACGGCUGAGGUGACGCCCGGGAACGUCACGGUCCGGCACGCCGAGGAGGGGACCCCAGCCUUGGGGACACCAGCCCUGGACAGUCCCCUCUUUGUCCUGUGCCUGGUGCUGGCGGCGCUGCUCCUGCUCUCCGUGCUGGCCUUUUCCGCCGCCCUGCUGAGGCUGAGGAAGAGGAGCGCCAUGUCCUCCUUGGGAAUACCCAUGCCAGUCCUGGGGACCCACAGAUCCCAGAGCCCCGACGCGACCUCCGGCAUCCCCAAGGACUACAGGGAGACUCCCACCAGCCUUCCCAAAGGAUCAGACCUGCUGGUCACAGCCAUUUCCAAGGAUUCUGAUUCUGACUCGGAAUAUUAUGAGUUCAGCAGCAAGCCUCCUGUCGCCCUCUCCACCUUCUACAACUCCCUGCGCCGGCAUCCCAGGGAGGAUCUUCUCCCUCUGAGCCACAGCCAGGACAGGAUGGAGCCUUUCCCUGAGGAUGAGCCGGCCAGGCCGAGCCCCGCCUUCCAUGGCUCCUCCAGCUCAUCCUCCUCCUCAUCCACGGAGCCCUGUUGGAAUGGCAGUGUUCCCCCUCCAUCCCAGGGCACCCACUGGGACCCGGCAGGCACCGGCCACGGCUACGGCGCAGUUCCCCCAGUUCCCCCGGCAGCGCCCGCCCCAGUGCCCUCCCAGCCCUGGGCACCUGCGGCUCCGGCAGAUCCCGAUCCCGACGGCAGCUCCAGCACCUCCUCGGGGGAGUGGUACGAGAACGUACAGGAGACGGAGCCCCCCGGAGACCUCUCCUCACAUCCUGGCUGGUUGGAUCCAUCCUGUCCCUCGGGGGAACACGUGGAGGAUCCCGACUUUUCCGAGGGCAGCGACUACGACGACAUCCAGGGCUCUGCCUACUGAGCCUGUCCCACCACUCCAGAGGCCAAAUCUCCUGGAAUUCUCCGGCUGUCUCCUCUGGAAUUCUUCAACCAUCUCCUCCGCGCUACCAUUAAAAGCUCUUCCCACCAUGUCCCUU